CUCUUUUGAAAUGUAAUGGUUGUUUCUUGUCUUUUGUUACCAGCAGCUUUUUGCUGGCUUGGUGGAGAUUUAUUUAUAUCGAAGAUUAUAGAAUAUAAUUGAAGAUGUUGCAAACGGAGUGUUUUUAAAUAUCGAAGUAUAAAUGAAGUCGACUGGAAUUUUAGCCCAACGUCCCGUCACUACCACAACCAGCAGAAUGCCAUGUCGAGCGUGGGCAGAACAGGAAACCCAUAAAGGUUACCAAGUUCAUGAUGCACAGUAUUCUGCUGUUAAUGAAGAACAAAAAAUUGCUUCAAUUCAAGCAGAGAAAAAACAAAGAUUAACGAAAUUUCAACAUGAUGUGAGAGAAAGAAUAAAAGCACUUGAAAAAAUGAAGAAACUCCAGCAAUUGGACAAAUCAUAUGAAGUGGUGUCCACUCAACAGAAAGUAAUUCACCAAAGCUCAUUUCCAAAAAAAAUAGCAACUGCAAAAAAAGACACAUGCCUGUACCAUGAAGGAAGACAUGCAAAACUGCAAGUUGCCAUACCAGGCAGCUCUAAACAUUGUUACAGCGUUGUAAAUGAUCCUCAGGAGGUGAACAUGGCAAACAAACUCUUUGAUAAACAAGCAACAAAGGUUCAUAAGUGUAAAAGACAUGCACGGCUUGUGUUAGGCUCACAAAUGUUGAAUAUUGAUUCUGACAAGCUAACAGAACUUCCUGGAGGCAUGUGGAAUGGGGACUUUACUGCACAUAAACAUGAUGAAGCUGGCAGAAAUACUCGCAUUCAAACCCAACCAAACAUGUUAGAUAAAGAUGGCAAGAUGGAUUUAGCGUUCAUGCCUAAUGUGUGUCAGCAAGUGACAGACGAAUUAGAAAAUUUAUCUUUGAGAGAAGGCCAUCACAAUGAACCAAAUAACCUGCAAGCUGGAAUUGGUAACAUUAAUGGAUAUUUCUCUGGCAAAGUUGAAGCGAUGAAGUAUGAAGGAGAUUUAAUGCACGCGGGAAUAGAAAAGCAACAGUCCAAACAACAAGUGCAAAAUCAACUCGCAAUUUACCGAAAAUUAUUCAUGGAAAUUGAAAGAGAACAAGUUCGGGAAAACUUGCGGAUGAAGGAACACAGAAAACGGAUGAUUAGACUUAAAAAAACUCAAGAGUCAAAACGACGGGAAGUCGAACAUGAAAUUGACGGAUUAAUUGAAGAGAGACAUAAAAUUGCGCAGGAAAAGUCAUUGGUAGAAACAACACUAAUGAAACACAAUUAUGAUCGUGAUAUCAUAAAAGAGCGCAAAAAGCAACAAAAAGAAAGAGAAAUAUCAAGAUACACCGACGCACUUCGAGCUACACUUCAAGAAAAACUUACCAAACACCAACUUUGUGUGCCAUCCUUAUGCUCAUGCGGCCCAACAGUGCUCGACAGCAAUCCUGAGACAUGUGCAAAUAAUUGCCCAUUUUAUAAAAAUCCAAAAGGUUACGCAAGAGCAUUGUCUUCAAUCAUGGCAUCAUCCAAUUUCAAUUCUUAAGUUGUCAAACGGGGAAUGUAUUGUAAAAUAAAAACAAAUAAUAUAAAAACAGGUCAGCAAUUUGAUGCAAACACAGAAGUAACAAGUUGAAAGCGAUGGACGUAUGGUAUACUCUUCGUAUAUCACACAGGCUACUUUUUACUACCACUCUUACAACCAUGGACAAGAAGUCAUAAGCUACUGACAAUCUUCAUUAAUCUAUAACUUGCCUUUAAACUACAUCAAACUUACAGAGCAUCAUGACCAGUGAUCAUGGCGCAUUUUUAUAAAUAUAAAUUACAAACUAAAUAUAGGUACGAGCGUGCAUAUGGAUAGCCUAAUAAGUUUAUAGCUUCCAAAUGAAGCAGAUCAGCGAACAUAUUUGCAAUAAUCGCAUAAUUAAUAUUUCUCUAUAAAAUAUUA